UCUCCGACACUCUAGAAAUAUACAAGUCCAAGUGUUCCCACUUCUUUCUUCAACUACUUUUUCUCACUUCUUCACCUUAACUAAUUAAUUCAUUUCAUUUCAAUUAUUCUCUCUCUCUCGCCAAAUCCAUAAACCUUUCUUCAUUCAAAAGUCAAAACCAUUCACUAAUGAGUUGAAACAUGGGAUUUCUCCGGCGUCUCUUUGGCGCCAAAAAACAGGGUCCUCCUUCCGACGGCUCAAGCUCCAAAUCUGAUAACAACAAGAAAAGAUGGGCCUUCGCCAAACAAAGCAGCAGGAGAAAGUUACUCCCACCGCCACCCUCCGGAUUUUCUCAAUUUGACUCCUCCGCUUCCAUAGUCGAUGCCAACAAACAUGCUAUCGCCGUUGCCGCCGCUACUGCAGCAGUCGCCGAGGCUGCUCUAACCGCCGCGCAUGCAGCUGCAGAGGUGGUCAGACUGACAAGCACCGGGGUUGCUGGAAGAAGUACCAUAAGAAGGCCUAAAGCGCGUGUUGGCCAGCCACGGUUGCCGGAGGAGACUGCCGCCGUUCGAAUUCAGUCGGCUUUCCGUGGUUACCUGGCAAGGAGGGCAUUGAGAGCACUUAAAGCAUUAGUAAAGUUGCAAGCACUAGUUAGGGGCCACAUUGUGAGAAAGCAAACUUCAGAUAUGCUAAGGCGCAUGCAAACAUUGGUGAGACUACAGACACAGGCACGUGCAACUCGUGCGCACUUGUCAUCAGAUAAUGUGCUGCCUUCUUUCAAGUCUUCACUUUCUGAGUACCCUCCUGUCCAUGAAGAAUAUGAGCACCCACAUCAUGUCUACAGUACAAAAUUAGGUGGAUCGUCCAUCCUGAAGAGAAGUAGUUCCAAUGCAAACUUUAGGAAGAUUGAUUCAGAAAGAACACGAUUUGGGUCCAGUUGGUUAGACCAAUAUUGGAUGGAAUGUAGUGAAAGCAAAGAUGGUUCAUUGAAGAAAAAUGAACAACAACACCCUGAUCAUGAAAAAAUUGAUAAGAUUCUCGAAGUAGAUACUUGGAAACCACACUUCAAAACCAAUCAUCACACUACAAGCUCCCUUCAGACACCACACUAUCAUUUCAGUUCUAACUAUAAUAAUAAUGAGAAAUGUAUGGCACAUCAUGAGUCUAUAUCAAAACAUUCAACAAAAGCUCAAAAUCAAAGUCUAGCUUCACGAACUACUGAUAAUAGUCCACAAACAUUUUCUGCAAGGAAAAGUCCCUUUACACCUACAAAGAGUGAGUGUUCAUGGGGUUUCUUCAAUGGAUACUCUGGUUACCCUAAUUAUAUGGCUAACACUGAAUCUUCUCGAGCCAAGGUUAGAUCACAGAGUGCACCGAGACAAAGGAUUGAGUUUGACAGAUACAGUUCUUCUACUAGAAGACAUUCUCAAGGUCUUUGUGAUGUGGACCCUACUAAUUCCGAUCAAGAUUCUUCUGAUUCAAAGAGCAACAAAGUCUCACAUGUUUUGAAUCGUUUCAAUAGAAAUAGGAGUACCUUUUUAAGGUAACACAUUGCUUACCCUUAUGUUUAUGUAUUAAGACAUUUAAUUACCACUUUUUUCCACAAAAGUGAAAAACCAGACAUACUGUAUUAUCUUUUGCUUGUUUUUUUAUUUUUUUGUGUGUGGCAGCUUUUUAAAAUGUAAUUAUAAUUUUUACUUGUACUUGUGUAAUCUUUUGUCCAUAUACUAUCAAAAUUUACUUUGUUGACUUUACAA